CAAUUAUACAGUGAACAAAGCCUAUUAUUAGCUUUGAUAAUGGUCAUUGAAUUGCUUAUUUAUUAUUUAUUUGUUUAUUGAUAUUAUUUGGAUGCUAGAGAGUCGGGGAGAGACUCGAUAGAUUUCCGUUUCCGUUAUAUGUUUUGGAUAAUGCUUGGUCCAUUUAGUUCCUUAAAGCAUCACAUGUUCUCCCGGGUGGUUGAUCUGAUCCCUGCCAUGUUCUUAAUCAAAAACAGCUUAAACAGCUCACAGAAAGCCCUGGCUCCGGGGUAGACGGAAAGAAGUCCGGAUCAUCUCCGGAGUCUAAAGCCCCCGCAGCCCCCGUGACUCCUGCCUUACUGCAGACGCGCUCUUCCGCUCGUAUCUUCUUACUUCCACACCUGUCAGUGGCGAGUCAAAAGGUCCUCGGUCCCUCCUCACGUCCUGUCAGGAGAACCCGUCUGACAGGUAGGCAAGGAGCAGCUGACAGGAUCACCUUCAGCAACACCCCGGUGCUCUGAGACCAGUACUACCCAGUCCGCUCGCCGAGGAGGAGAGCCGCGCCGGGAGGGAGACGCGAUCGCAAAGACAUUUUCUCAUAACAAAAAUAUGAUAUUACUCUUAUGAAGUGAGAGUAUGCGUUAUCACGGUUUUUCGUGAUAGUCGGUUUGACUCUGCGUCUGGUUAAAUGCCAACUGGAACCACUCGUGCCGUUCAUUGCUGUCUGACGAAGACACUGAGCGUUUCUCGGUACUCCUCGGCAGCAUCGCCCUUGUCAUGCUUCUAUCAUCCCAUUUGGAAGUAACGGGGAUAUGCAGGUACCUCCCCAGGCCUGUCACCCUAGCCCUCUGCAGCGCCGUCCUAAUGUACUACCUAUGGGCUCGCAAAUGCCAGGCACCGGUGCUGGUGUGUAGUGAUGCGUUCCGGGGUUUCCUCCACAAGCAUUGCCCCGCAGUGGUUCACCGCUUCUGUCCCACGCCCUGGUGCUGGGGUGGACGGCUCCAGACGCUGCUCCCGCUGCUCAUCAAGUCCAAACCCCGUGUCACCUACCGCAAUGAGGCGCUACGGACGGCUGAUGGCGGUCGAAUCUCCCUGGACUGGGUGGACAACGUGUCCAGCGAGGCCUACCCUUCGUCCGCCACGCGCCCUACCGUCCUCAUCCUGCCCGGGCUGACUGGGAACAGCCAGCAGCUCUACGUGUACCACGUGGUCAGCCAGGCCACUCGACGUGGAUACAGGUGUGUGGUCUUCACCAACCGAGGCUUCGAUGGUGAGGAGCUUCUGACACCCUACACCUUCUGUGUUGCCAAUACUGCAGACCUGGAUCAUGUGAUCCUCCACGUUAAAGCUCUACUCCCCCAUGCCCCCUUGUUGGGCGUUGGGGUCUCUAUGGGCGGAAGAAAUUACCUCAAAGCCCCAGUUUUGAAAUUUGCCCCCUUGGAAUUCCUGGUGCCUCUCAUCCCUAAGAUCUGGGAAUGCUCGGCUGGCAUGCUGGUGCUGAACUACCUGGCCGAUAAGGGCCCCCGGUCCGGCCUGGUGGCGGCCCUCACCCUGUCUGUCUGCUGGAACACCCAGAAGUCAGCCGAGUCGGUGGAGCGGCCAAUCAACUGGCUGCUCUUUAACCGCCAUCUGGCCGCCAACCUCUGCAACGCCAUCAGCAGGAACCGUAAGGUAUUGGACAAAGUGGUUGACAUAGACCAUGUGAUGAAGGCGCGUACCAUCCGUGAGUUCGACGAGCGCUUCACCUCUGUGGUGAACGGCUACAAGUCGUGCGCCGACUACUACAGCGAGGCCAACCCAGACAUCAAACUCCCCAGGACCGCCACACCCGUCCUCUGCCUCAACGCUGCUGAUGACCCCCUGUGUCCCGGGAGCAGCCUCCCCAUGGCGACGGUGCAGCACCUGACCAACAUCGCCCUCCUGGUGACGGCCCAUGGGGGCCACCUGGGCUUCCUGGAGGGCCUGCUGCCCCGGGGCGAGUGCUACAUGGACCGGCUGGCCGGCCAGUUCAUGCAGGCGGGCUUCGAGCACACAGAGGAGCUGGUGCAGGCCUGUGGCAGGCAGCAGGAGGUGGGUGCCUGACCCCCCCAACCGGAUGGGUUUGGGUUAGGACCCAGGAACACACAGAAACAGCUUUAUUAGUAUGAUCAGUAUUAUUUUAUUUGUAGAAGUAGUAGUACUGGUAGUUAUAGUUGUAGUAUUAUUAAUAUUUAUUUUAUGAUAUGAUUCUUAUGAUAUAAUUAUGAUAUAAUUAUUAUUAUUUUUAUCAUUAUUAUUUUCUUCAAUUUUAUAAGUAGUGUUAUGAUAUUAUUAUGAUAUAAUAAUAGUGAUUUUUAUCAUUAUUUGUAUGAUUAUUAAUAUAAGGAGAUUUUUUUUUGAUUAUUAUGAUAUAAUAAUAAUUAUAUUUAUCCUUAUUAUUUGUAUUAUUAUAAGUAGUAUUAUGAUAUAAUUAUGUAAUUCCUAUUCUUAUAAUUCUUAUAUUAUUAUUGUUAUUAUAUAUUCUUCAUGUUAUACAACUUUCAUAGCGUCUUCGCUCAUGCAUUGUUUUACCUUAGUGGUAAACGGCCUGGUUUUGAGCUUCUGUCUCCACGCACAGAAGGAACCAUUCAGGUGCCUCAGAAUGUGAACUGUAGUGUCUGCAGUUCCCCACCGUCCAUCUCCCCACCAACACAGCCUCAGAUUCACUGCUAUAAAGCCCCUUUUCCAUGAUUCUUUUCACAAGCAGUUUGUUCGAUUUUACAGACCGUUUUUAUUAAAUGCCAAUUUGGAUUGUGGGGUUCUGAUGUCAAUGCAAUUUAAUCGUCUUUAAUAAUUUUUCCAAAGAUGUCCUUGCUGUUCGCCAAUAUGUUCGCCACUGUUACUUCAUGACAUUGACGUGACAUUAUGUCUUUCAUUGAAACAGAAUGCUGUAAUCAUUUAUUUUCCUUGUAAUGUUUGACAAAUAAUGUUUUCCUAGAAAUCAAAUAUCUAGGAAAUCGGCAAAUAAUUAACCCAUGUAUAAUACAUGUAUAUACUACGCGUUGGAUGUAUCGGUAGACACCAAAAUAAGUAUCUAAUAUAAAUAUGGUAUUUACAUUAAUUAUUAAUAUAAAUGAUUUAGUGAAAGGUACACAUAUUCUCCUUAGUUUGACCACUGUGGCCUUUCUCAGGGUUUUAUUCUCUUGUAUAUCAUCCACAGUACUGCAUUUACGACCAUGAAUGUGUGCCUCUGUCACCAUGGCUGCUGUUUUGCUCUGUUUAUUCGUGCACAUUUUGUCGUGCCAGACUUUGCAAGAGGAAGUACAAAUCAUUAUAGCCUAUUGGAAGGGGAAGUUUGAUACUAGGAAGCUGUCAAAUGUUUGCACUACCAGUUGUCACGGGCAUAAUAACCACUUCAGAAUCAUGCGAUUCCGUCCUGCAUUAUGUGUUUAUUUUUGUAACAAAUGAAAUACACCAGCCCUGCUAAUGCCUAAACCAUUGCAAUAUCAAUCCCAGCUUGGCAGCACUUGAAUGAACUUCUCACAAUGACCACUAUUUGUCAUGUGUAAAAAUGUAAAAAAUAUUAAACUAUAAACUAUUUAACUGAAAUAAAAUAAGAA